GGGAUAGAACAUUACGAUUAUUCUCCCUACGUUACAAUUGGCAGCAGAGAACGCAUUCUGCGAAAAAUGAGGACAAUAAAAAACUGACUUCUAUGCAGGGUUUUCGUUUUUAUACGACAAUACUUUUAUUACUGACUCAUACGAAGCUGUAUUACUCGUUAUCGUAUUAUAAAAACCCAGCUUCAAUCGAAAAGAUGCUGGCAACUCCUUUGUUUAUAACAUCUAGCCAUUUGGAAACUUUUCUGGUUCUCAUAUUUUUCGUGAUAUCUUCCUGGCUGCUGACCAACCAAAUAUGUAAUAUUCGGGAAGCACAUGGCAAAUUCACUUUAAAACAAGUUUUCCUGAUAAUAAUCAACAGAUAUUUCAGGCUCGUUUCAACAGUGAUUGUACUCAUUACAUUACUGAAUACGUCGUGGUUUCAUUAUUUUGUUGGUCCUAAUAAUUUCGAUAUCAUGAAUUUUCACUUACUUGGAUGCAAAAAAAAUUGGCAUGCAACUAUUUUGUUUUUCAACAACAUUUAUGACAUCAAAGAUAUGUGUGUUGGUACGACAUGGUACUUAUCGGCAGACUUUCAAAUGUACGUUGCUCAUGUGAUGGUUUUAUAUAUCUCAUUUAAGUAUAACUUCAAUUUGAAAAAAGUGUUUUUAUCACUUUUAUUUAUAUAUUAUACAGUGUACGGUUUGAUGAUAUACAUCAAUGAUACAGAUUUAAUAUUCAAGACAUUCAUCAGGAAUUUUGAAUAUGGUAAACUUCUCGUCUCACACCAUUUCAAUGUUCUUUACUUAUCCACGUAUUCCAUUUGGUUGAGCAGCUGGGUCGGAAUGAUUCUAGGAUCAUGUUAUUUCAAGAUUUGCAGAAAAGGUCUCUCACCAAACAAUGUGGCGAUCAAAUUUUCCAUUCCACUAUUUUUUAUUCUGCCUCUGAUGGCUAUUGGACUUACGUUAUUGACUUUUAGAGGGAUAACAUCUGCUAUUUUGGGACCUCUUGUGAAAUUAUUUUUUGCAUCAGGAAUUGGAAUGGGUAUUCUAGGAAUGUCUCAAAAUCUUGGAGGUAUGAUAAAGAAAAUAUUUGAGUGGAAACCUGCUGUUAUGCUGAGUAACUUCACUUUCUGCAUCUACUUAUGUCAAAUAUCAAUUUGUUUCAUGAAACCUUCAAAUUCACUAGUCGAAUUUGGAAUAUGGCCACUUGCUGUAGAAUUCUUCAAAAAUGUACUAUACAGCAUAUCCAUUGGUAUCCUAUUCACCCUAACCGUGGAAGAACCUUUGAUGAGAAUACAGAAAAUUGUAUUGCCUCAGGUCAGCAAAUCUGCUGUGAAAAACAAGAAGAAAAGUAAUUGAUGAUCCUAAACGUAGUCAAACUGAUGAAGUUUUGUGAAAAUAUAACAAAAUCAAUUAAUUAGGUAUUCUGUAUCACAUUUCAUUAAAACGAGUAAUAUAAAAUGAUUUCGCUACA